UUGCUCUCGCGCCAAAUUUCGAUUGGAAACUGGAAAGUCGCACUAUUUUGCACUCGGAUUUUUUAUGUGCACUGGAGCAAGGCGAACUGCACCAUAAGAUAUAAGAUUUUUUUCAAAUCGCAUUCCUAGUAGUAGUAUAAUUAUUUGUUUCUAAAAUACAAUAAUAAUUAAAAUAGUGAAAGAUUAUUUGCUCCUCAUCAAUACAUUUUCAUGUGUCAAAUUUUAAAAACAUAUUUUUACAAUUUACACUCAAUCAACGUAUCAAUAGCCACUACCAGUUUUACCGAUAGUAAAAAAUUUCGCGCGGUGUAGUUGGCAAUAUGAUCGAUUUUGACUUUGGCGCAUGCGUCAGUUUUCUACACGGACAAGGCGGUCUGUCAAAUUUCAGUUUCUUUUCACACACGAAAAAUUUGCAGAAGUGAAUUUAGUAUUAAUUUUUUAGCUCCGCGGCUGAUACCCGGCACGUUUAUCAGUCCAUUUUCCAACGUAAAUAACACUAAAUUUUAACAAAAAAUUCAAAUUAGCAACAAUGAGUUGGCAGGAUUACGUUGAUAAGCAACUUCUUGCUUCUAGAUGUGUCACCAAAGCCGCUAUUGCAGGACACGAUGGUAAUGUUUGGGCGAAAUCCGAGAAUUUUGAAGUCUCGAAGGAAGAAUUAGCAAAACUAGUUCAGGGUUUCGAAAAACAAGAUAUCUUAACCUCAUCAGGUGUUACGUUGGCCGGUAACCGAUAUAUAUAUCUCUCAGGCACAGACAGAGUUAUAAGAGCCAAAUUGGGCAAAGUCGGUGUACACUGUAUGAAAACAACUCAAGCUGUGGUAGUAUCCUUAUAUGAAGACCCAAUCCAACCUCAACAAGCUGCGUCUGUGGUGGAGAAAUUAGGCGAUUACCUAAUUACUUGUGGAUACUAAGGUUUGUCCAAGUUAUACUCCUCCAUCGAGACAUUUACACCUGGGGUGACAUAAAAAAAAAACAAAAUCAAGGAUUUAAUCAUUUUUUUAUUGAAAAAAAAAAACAGCAAACCGAAAUCAGCAUUAGUUUCUAAUUUAUGGUAUAUCGAUAAUCAUAUUGUGCUGAAGUAAUUUUUUUUUUUUAAGAAUCAAGAUUUUCUUUUUUUGUAUUUCCAAAAAUAUGCGAUUGUAUAGAUUUUUUUUUAAAAAUAAACAUCAUUUAAUCUUGUGUAAAACUGCAUACAUUUUGUAGCCAAAAAAUAUAUUUUGAAUUAAACAAUAAUGUAUUUAAAUUAUUUAUUUUGUAACUUGUGAAAGAUUAUUUGCACAAUUAUGGCUUUAUUUUUUUUUCGGUAAUCGCGUUUUUUUUUUGUGUUCAGGCUAGUUUCGGCAAAAGCUCAUAAAUCGUAAGGUAUAUGUAUGAGUUUUAAUACAUUUUAUAAGCUUUUUUAUAUUACGCUCUUCGCUAUUAAUAAGUAAAUUCAAUUAUCGCUCUAGUCCAACUCCCUAUUUGUUUUAAUUUUUCUUAGAAAAUAGCACAAAAAUCAAUAAUAACAAUAUUUUUUUACUUGUAAUUAUCCCAAAAUAAAAUAAAGAGGUGGACAUAUUAAUUUGUUUUUUUUUUUUUUCAUAAAUGUAUUGGAAAUUUUGAUAAUAAUUGUUAAUUAAACAAAAAUUUCCUUCAUCAAUGCUUCUGUGGUGUGUUUUUCAUUUUGAAUUAACACUCAUACAUUUAAGGCCAGUUUCUUCAUUAACAUGGAAUAUGUUUUUUAAAUUUUUAACUGUUAAUGAUGAAAUUGACUCUUAGAGGUAAAAAAAAAUAGCGUGCCAAUUUUAUUAUUUAAUAAUUUUUUUCUUCCCCGUAAAGUGUAAAUUAUACACUUCAUUUAAUCAUCGUGCUAUUUUGUCGUUUUUAAUUUAAAUACAAUAUUUACAUUGCAGACUUUUCAGUAACCAUAAUAUAACGAACAUCAGUGUUGUAUACUGCUUGUUCUUGUAUAACGUAAUUUUAUAAUAACAAAAAAAAAUGCUCAGAAUAAUAAGUAAUUUAAAAAAACAUUUUAAUUUUUAUUUUAAAUAGGAUACUAUUAUAGCUUUGUAAAUUUUUCAAUUAUAAUUUGCAAGGGAUAUUGUGUAUUUGAAAAUAAACCCAAUAAAUUUGUAUUAUUAUA